CAGGAAGACCUGCUUCGUAUGAACUGGUGGUGGUUGAGGUUUUAACUUUUUUUUCGUUUUUGAGAUUUAGAUGGUUGAGUUGUUACAUAAAAGAGUUUUAUUCAGCCCGUUUGUCAUAUUUUCGCAUCGUACUGCCGGGUCACGACGACGUAAUCACCGAUCCCUGGCUUUUAAACUGACAAACUGGCAGAAACGCAAGAGCGACGUUAGCUGGGAGAGUGAUGUGGAAAGAAUAAAUGUAGUAAAAGCAGUUUGACUUCACGAGAACCGAAUGGCUGCGAAUGUUAACGAUGAGGAUCAACUCAGCAGGAAACACGAGGAAAUUCUGGGGAUGAGGGAGGCUUUGCUGCAACAGAUGGAGGUUUGUUACCAACAACACAAAGCCAAGAAAAGGCAGCAAGCUGUGAAGUCUGAAGCUGCUCACGAAAGAAACGCAAAAAUACUGGAGGACUUUCAGAAAGUGGAAACCCGACUUCAGACACGACCUGUCCUGCAUCCAGAUAUCCUCACCCUUCAGACCUGUUAUUGGGGGUCUGUGGAGCAGAAGCUCCCUGAGUGGGAGCGCCACCUGCUGGGGAAGGGCAAGGCGUCUGUGAGGGACACGGCAGCAUCACAAGGACUCCACAGUCAGAAGGCUACUUGGCUGGGCUCUUCCUCUGCACAGAACAGGCGCAAGCCCCCUCGGCCCAAACCCUGACCUCCUGACCUCCUGACCUGCUGCCUGACGUAGCCUGUUGAGCUGGUCUAAUUCAAACAGGUGAGAACCAGUGGCCUCAUAUGGACCUGCCAUGUGUGUUAUCCUGGAUCUAUGAUGUGUGUUAUCCUGGAUCUUUGAUAUCUGCCGUGUGUGUUUUCCUGGAUCUUUGAUAUCCGCCAUUUGUGUAUUGUCCUGGAUCUUUGAUAUGUGUUAUACUGGAUCUUUGAUAUCUGCAGUUUGUGUGUUAUCCUGGAUCUUUGAUAUCUGCCAUGUGUGUGUUAUCCUGGAUCUCUGAUAUCCAGGAGGUGUGAUGAAGUGUGAUGCCUGACUGUAUCCCCCAUGCCUCAUGUGGUGUGUCCUUCAUUUAGAAUUGCAGGUCUUUUUUUUUUGGCUACAUAUGAAAUCUCGAGCUCCAUGUUUAAAUAUGCUCUAGUUCUCUACAGCCUUCUUAUGGCUGGUGCAGAUUAAGUAUGAGUGUGUGGCCAAGUACUGAAAAAAUAAAAGUGGUGGAGUGCUCGCAGAACCGGGGGAUAUGGGUCACCUCCGGGUAUCAGGGCCAGACAGGACUGACAGGACUGGUGUAGAUGCACGUCUGUAUUCUGUGCCUUUGACCAAACAUUUUGAAAUCACCUCAGUCUAUUUCAGUAGGUACACAUCCAAAUCUGCCUGUGCACAUGGUGUGGACCUUGAUAAAAUGACCCCCCACCUACAAUAAUAAUGAAUUCUUCACAUCUUAGAAUAUUUUUGUAUAUAGCGCUUUUUAAACGAACCGAGUUCAGUCUGAUUAGGGGGACUGAGACAGUACUGACACCUCCACCACUGGGGUCUGAUUAGGUAUCUGAGUCCACCUGAUUAUGACGAAGAACAGAAAUGCACUGGGGAGGAUCUUCUAUAGAAGCUUUGAACAUACAAGGUCUAAAAUAUUCAUUUUCUUAAUAUUAUUUAAUAUUAAUUUAUUUUUCUAAAAUGUAUCCAGUCCUAUCUAUUAUUUGUACAAUCUUUUAUUUUUGUGAAUGGGUUUUGACGUUUGUAGGCUCUAAUGCUGCACUGUACACAUGUAUCCACCAGAUGGCGGUACACCCUAGGAUUGUCUCUCUGCGUUCGCCAUGUGUUGAUUUUAAGAAAGUGUAUUAGAAGAUAAAAGUCAUGUCUUUGUUUGCUGAAUAAAAUAACUUCUGUCAAAAUA